AUGAGCAGAUCUUCCUUCGAGGACUCGAUGAACCAACCGCACGUAGUUCUGGGGACUCCAUUGCCGCCAACCCAACAAAGUUCAGGGCUAUUCCAGGUACUAGCUCCCUCACCUCCCGUGCGGCAGACAACCCAUCUGAUCGUCUCACUGUCUGAUGCUGCCACCACCCAAAGCAGUGCAGCCAGUAUGGAUCACACUUACUUGGCAACUAGAUACCGCAAGGGUGGGAAAGACUCACAAGAUAGCCCUUCCACGGCUGAGGCGAGGGUCAAGCUGGCCGCUAUCCAGCGCGACCAUCACGACGCCGUGCAGGGGAAACGGGGCCAAUUCUCAGAAUCCGAUAUUGACGCUGAGGACUAUGCCAACGUACUGCUUUCACCCGCUCGACCACGCAGGUAUCUCGAGAAAUUGGGGAUCGAGCCGGACUCUGAACCAGGUGAGGAAGACGAGGACGGUGACAAGGACAAUGAUCCUGUGGAUGGAAGCCCUCUUGGCCGUCAGCUGCUGCAGCCGUCCGCACGGCCAAGGCGUGGUCGCCGAGGUCCCGCCCCAGGUACAGGAGGUCGGCCAAGAAGGUCUCGGAGAGUAACCCGAUCGUCGAGAUCGUCGAAAUCGUCGAGACCGCAACGACGGCUUCGGAGUCCAGUGAUGAUUCCACCGGAAGAAUUGGCAGUCUUCCAUGCACAAGAUCCGGUGUGGAAUGGCGACAUCGACGCUUGCGCCUUGACAGACCGCGAUAAGGCCACCCUGCGCGAGUUCUGGACUAAACUUGACAAUGACCAGAUGGAAUACUGCAGCCGAUGCCGCGAGUGUUGGUUUCAGAUGGAAAUUGAUUAUGAGGGCAUCUGCUCGCGUUGCUAUCGAAAGGAUGAGAAGCGUGGCCCGGACGAGCCUUAUUUCUUCUCUGCCGAAAAUCAACUUGACUUUGGCCCCGUACCGACCCGAUUGCCUGAGCUCACGCCUACGGAAGAGUCAUUGAUUGCUCGUGUCCACGUCCAUGUGAACAUCAUGUUGCUCCCGCUUUUGCCACGGGAGUUGAACACGGUGUUGCUGCGUCCUGCCAACACCUCAUCACACGCCAAUCUCAGCCGGCAGUUUACCCGCCAGUUUCGUGUGCGCCGUCAAGCGGUUAUGAUAUGGCUUGACUACCUCCGCCAUCAUCAUCCUGGCUAUCGAUGUAUCGUCGUCGACGACGAGCGACUGAGCCAACUGCCCGAGGACGGCAAUGUGGAGGACGCAAUCCCCCAAAGUCAAGUGGAGGCUGCCGACGUGGGACCGGAGGAAGAUCAGGAGGCAGAGCCUGAACUAGAGGACGCGGCUGCGGUGCCUGACCUGUUGGCCAAGGACACGGAGCUCGAUGCUCUGCGGUCUAUUCUUGCGGGCGAGCCAGAAGCGAAUGCAAGGCCUCCUCUCGCCACAGCCCCCAAGGGGCAGGCGCAACACGAGCUGAGGUUCCCGAAUAUACGGCACACGCCGAUCAAUGAGUUCAACCGCUCUCAUGCCCUGCUCUCCUUAGCAUUCCCCUGCCUCUUUCCAGAUGGCAGAGCCGACUUUGUGGAGCCUCGCUUGCGGUCGAUUGAGUACAAGGAUUACAUCGAGCACGCGAUGCGGUGGCACGACGGGCGUUUUGCUCGGCACCCGACCUUCCGUUUUGUCGCAUUCAACACCCUGAUGCGGUCCCAAGCACGUGCGCGGUCCAAAUUCUUCGUGAAGCAACACGAUGGCACUCGUGAACCGCUCACCCGAGAGCAGCUUAUUCAGGCACUCGAACACAGCGAGGAUCCCGAGACGCAGGCGCUGAUCAACUCGAUCACUAGGCAUGCAGUGUCGAUUCGCGGUACGCGCCCUUUUUGGAACAGAAAGAGGCAGGACCUCGAGGCGUAUGCCUAUAGCCUGGGCUGUCCUGACGCAUUUAUCACAUUUAGCCCGGCCGAUUUGCACUGGCGGAGCCUCUACCAACACAUGCCCCGAUACGAAGAAUGGCUGGCUGCGUCCGAGUCGGAGAGGAUGGCAUUGUCACGGUACUUAUUGCGGCAGAACCCUCACAUUGCUGCUUUCCACUUCUACCGCCGAUACUGCUUCUUUCGAGAUAUCGUGUUGCGGAAGAAGUUCAACGUCACGGAUUACUGGGAUCGGUAUGAAUGGCAAGGGCGCGGCAGUCCUCACAACCACGGUCUGUACUGGAUGAAGGAGAGCCCGGCCGCCGACAUGGAGGACGAAGCUGCUCGUGACAUAUUCGCACGCACGUGGGGCUUCCACAUCACGGCUGUGAACCCGGAGCCCCGUAGGAACGUGCCUCAUGGGGAGGGUAAUCCCCUGAGCGUAGAUACUCUGAGCAUAGAGAUGACAUUCCUGCGGCUCUCGCAAAUUGUCAACCGCUGCCAGCGCCACAGAUGCAAUACCACGUAUUGCUUGCGUGUCAGAAAAAGAAGCGGUGACCUGGCGAGGGACAUGGAAGGAGCUGCUGCCGAUAUUGAGGCGGCCAACAUGUCGAAUCCGGAAAGGGAGUGUCGUUUUGACUUUCCCCGUGCCUUGCGGGAGCUGGCCGCGGUCAUCAGGAAGGAAGGCAAGUCGUACUACAUCUUCGAGGCGGCCCGCAACGACAACCUCAUGAACCACUUCAAUCCUGCCAUCAUUCUGGGGUGGCUGGCCAACAUUGACAUAUCUCCAUGCACCAGCUUACAGGCAGUCAUUACAUACGCUGCCAAGUAUUGCAGCAAAUCGGAGAAGAAGACUGAGCCUUAUUGUAAGCUUGCAGACCAAGUUUUGCCGCACACGGCACACCUGCAACCCCUAUUGUCCUUCUCCUCUCGUCUUAUGAAUAAGCUGAUUGCCGAGAGGGAUUAUUCAGCGCAGGAGAUUUCCCACUUGCUGCUCAACAUCCCUCUGCAGGAAGGGACUCGGAUGGUUGUGUACGUCGAUUGCCGCCCGUUGGAACAGCAUGUGCGGUCGUACCGCGUCGAUGAUGAUGUGAGUGAGGCUGUCGGCAGCUACCGGAAAUACCUGCAGAGAAAUGACCAGCAUGAGAGUAUUACUUAUCUCGAGUAUUUGCAGUCGUACAAUCUCAAGACGUGGAGGAGACUCGGUGCAAACGCGAAGAAGAGGGUUCUGUCCUACUUUCCUCGGUACAGGCCCGUGGAAACUUCAGCCCAGUUUCAUGACUUCUGCCGUGUCAAGUUGAUGAUGGCCCAUCCGCAUCGCUCUCCGGAGGAGUUGUUUGCUGUGGACGGACAGUGGUUUGAGUCCUUUGUUGCAGCGUACCAGUGCUGCCGGCAGCGACACCAUUUCCAUGAGGACGACCAUUACGGGCAGGUGGGAACAAGCGAGCUCCAGGCGGAGGACGAUGAGUUUGAGCAGGAGGUGCAUGACGAGCUCAUCGCAGAGGAGGACUGGCAUGAACUCGCCCGCAUGCUGCCAGACCGGCCGCUGGAGGAAGAAGACAUCGACGUGCUUGGCCGGCGAGAUAUCGACGUGAAUUAUGACUGGACUCCCCACGUUGGACGAUAUACCAACGAAGACAUUCUCCGCGGUAACUACUGGAAGCAACGCAAGGCGGAAAGCUCCUUUCCUCUUGAUGUGGAGCAUCAGCCCUUAGAAGCUCGCGAUUCCCUGAAUCCGGAGCAGCGCCUAGUGUAUGACACGGUGAUGGACCACUUUCUGACCCAAGACCGUUCCCAGCUGUUACUCCACGUGGACGGUGGCGGUGGUACGGGUAAGUCAUAUCUGAUCAACCUGCUCUCGGCGCACCUUCAGGUCGCGACAGGCGGGAGAGGGACACCUGUCUGGCGUGCCGCACCGACGGGCGUUGCAGGAAAUCAGAUAUCAGGCACCACUUUACACUCGCUGCUUCACCUCCCGAUCAACAAGGACUUCAGGCCGCUCUCCGCCAUCGAUAAGGCCCAGCUCCAGAAGAAGCUGAAGGAUAUUCAGUACCUGAUCAUCGACGAGAAAAGCAUGCUGGGACUGCGGCAGCUAUCCUGGAUCGACGACCGUCUCCGCGAGGCAUUUCCGCAUAGGAACGAGGAGUUCUUUGGCGGACUCAAUAUCCUGUUGGUGGGCGACUUCUUCCAGCUUCCUCCUGUUCUACAGAAACCGCUUUAUUACGACAAAGAAGUGAAAGGAGUAGAAAUUAAAGGCAGGAACGCGUAUAUGCGCUUCGAUAAAUCUAUCUUUCUAAGCGCUGUUCAGGGGCAAUGCGGCGAUGAUCAGGCGGCCUUUCGCAAGGCUCUCGGGGAACUUCGGCUGCUCCAACUAUCUCACGAGUCCUGGAAACUUCUCUCCGGCCGUGUGCAGGCAAAGCUAGACGAUCAAGAGGUUGCCAGGUUCGCCGAUGCCUUACGCGUGUACGCCACGAAAGACCGGGUGAACGAAUAUAAUCACUACCACCUUGACCGCCUCAGCCGACCAGUCAUCCAGGUCAUCGCUACGAACGUCGGCCCCGGCGCGGCUGCUGCCCCGGACGACAAGGCCGGCAACCUUGCGAAACACGUCCCUGUAUGCAUUGGCGCCCGUCUGAUGCUGACGUGCAACCUCUGGCAACAAGUUGGCCUCUGCAACGGCGCUCGUGGCACAGUGUACGACAUUGGCUGGGCACCUGGGGCUGACCCCGUCCGGGACCAACCGUGUGUUAUCAUGAUGGGGUUUGACAAAUAUACCGGACCGGCAUUCCUGACCACCGCGGAUGGUAGGAAGAUUGUCCCAAUUCUGCCAGUAGACAGGGACUUCCUCGUUGGAGUCACACUCUGCACUCGCACUCAGUUUCCCCUGAUCGUAUGCUAUGCCAUUACAGUUCAUAAGUCGCAGAGCAUCACCGAAGACAAGAUCGUGACAGACCUGUCCUGCCGUGACUUUCAGACUGGUCUGAGCUAUGUGGCUGUCUCGCGUGUGAAAACGCUGCAGGGUUUGAUGCUCGAUGCCCCGUUUGACCGCAACCAUCUGACAUACACAUUACCUCCGGAGGGUAUCAAAAUGAAAAUGAGGGACCAAUGGCUUAGGAGCUUGCAGAUUCUUACUCAGAAUCCGUAUAAGAAAGUCCACGGGGCUACGUAA